AUGGUAUCCACCAGAUCCGGAAGAAAGGAUCCAGCAUCUGUAGAGCUUGGCCAGAACGGCAAGGAGGUGAAAAAAAUACCUACAAGCAAAUCUAAGAGUCGAGCAAUUCAACACAAUGCAGAUGUAAUAACAGCUUCGGAGUCGGUCCAUACGAAGAAGGAAACGCGAGGCAGAAAAAGAAAAGUGACCUCCAUAGUUCCUGAGCAACCAGAUGAACAGGAUGUCUCACUUAGAGGCAAAAAGAAAAGAACGACAGAGGCUCUAGAUUCCACAGUUUCAAUUGAAUCAGCAAAUACGCGCCCAAACAACGACAGAAGUACACCCUCUUCGGAAUGGACAUCUUCCAAGGUACCCAAGGACACUUCAACUCCUAAAACAAAUAUGCCUAUCAUGUCUAUUAUAUCCCAUAAGGUGGGUAAAAAGAACCCAACAAGUACGCGGCAGGACUCACCUUCUUCGAUAUCUGGGCUCUCAGAUGGUGAUAUGGGUGAUGAACCAGAAUUAUCAACUGUUUCCAGCAACUCAGACAAUAUUAAAAUUAACAAGAGAAUUAUGAGCAGAGAUACAGAAGAGGUUAUUCGGAUGUUCAAGAAAUUCGACGACGAGGUCCUUACAAACCCAGUAGCCAGAGCCAGACUCUUAUCACUAAAGUUUGAAACUCGAAAGAGGUACAUAACCACGUUCAAACACUAUAUUCGGUUCUGUUGUAAGAAAAAGCUUGACAAUUUUUUUGUUACCGGUCCUCUAAUGAAAGAAUUCUACGAGGAGCAAUUUGCAAUCAGUGCCAGUAGUAACCCAAUAAUUCGGUUGAAGAAAAUGGAUCCGGCUUUCAGCAAGCUCCAGGAGAUCAACUUCUUGGUCUACCAUCUUGAGAACAAGGAUAUUCCCGAUCGACAUAUUGCUUAUGACUAUUUGUUUUUCAUAGAAACUGGGAAAUACCCGUGGUACCACAAACCAAUUGUUAAUACGUCAAGUGAGCCAGUUGAUUUCAGUAACACAGCAAACAAAAAAUCGAAUAAAUCAUUAGCAACACGAGUAUCCAAAGGGGCUACCGAAAAAUCAUCAGGAACACAACCCUCGACAAAUACUAAUAGUGAAAAAGAAGAAAUAGCAUCCUCUCAGCAAACCAAUAAAGAAACUUCACAGUUAAUACCAACUCCAACGACAAGAAGAAAAAGAACAAUUAGAAAAGUUGAAUUGGAAGCAUUUAUUAAAUCCCAAUUAAAACAAACAAGGCUGGAAAUUCAUAAUUUGAAUACUGCCCAUAUUGAAGCAUUAAAAUUAAUUACUUCCGACCAACAAGUGUUGAACCAAGUGAGAUCCCUAAAUCGUAACAUUAAUAUAGCUUUGGAUAAUUUUUCAUCCCUAAUUGAAAAGGGUCCUAAUGAAGUUAUUUAUUCUGGAGCAGAAAAGGACAAUACUGUUUUGCCUAAAAGUACUCAUCCUGUAAUUAUUGACAUGAAUCACAACAUAUUUACUGUCUACGAAAUUCUAGAAGAAUGGUAUCGGAUUGAUCCUUCUGUCGAAAAACGUAUCAAGAACUGGGGCAUGAAUUGGAUAAGAGAUGAUAUUGACCGAGAAACUUACAAUGAAAGAAACUCCAUAGUUGAUUUUGUCAAGCGAAUAUCCAAAGAAAUCAACGAGCCGGAUUUAUUUCUUAUUGCAAAUGAUUGUGAUAGAUAUAUUCAUGACAAGCUGAUUUUGGAUGAGUUUAUUAGUGAAAUCGAAUUAGAUUUCGACGAUUUAUUUAAGAGAGUACUCCGUCACCGUCAACGUCGUAGCUGA